CAACAACACGAGCAGCAGCAACAAAAAGCAUACAAGUGAAAGAAGGCACAAAAUACUGGUUUACACAAAAUAAAAAAGAUAAAGCAGAAGAAAGAAAGCAAAGAGAGAAAAAGUUGCUGCACGAGAAAUUUUGUACGUGUAUCGCCUCCCCAUUUCUAUCUCUGCAUGUGUGUGUGUGAAGUAAAGUGAAAAGCAAUGCUGCAAGGAAUUACAACAGUCAGUUUACACUAAAUAUAUAACUGUAAACGGGACUAAGGGCCACAACAGAAAGGAGAAACUAAGACGAAUUGCCGAAGCAUCUCAAGAUCGCCACCAUGGAACCCAACCGACAUCACGAAUAUCAGACACAUCAUCAGCCGCAUCCGCCGAUGCAGCACCACCCAACGCACCCACAUCACCAGCCUGCGCAUCACCAACCAGCGCACCACCCACAGCAACCGAUCCACCAACAUCACCCACCGCCUCCUCAGCAGCAGCAGCAACCACCACCACCGCAGCAGAUCCACCAACAGCCGCACCCACAUCACUACCAGCAGCUCCACCACCAUCCCACGAGCUCCACAGCAGUGGGCAGUUCCUCCUCCGCCAGCUAUGGUAAUCACCAUCCGCAGCAUCACACCACGACCUUGGCCGAGGAUCAGCGAUCCCGGCCUGGGAUGUACUUGAGCAGAAGUAGUCAGCCUGGCUUGCCCCCACCUCCGCAUCCGCAUCCUCCGGCACAAGGAUCAGGUGCCUCUGGUCCCGGUGGCAGCGAUCCGCAUAUGCAGUACUACACCUCGAACCAAAACUUGGCGCUGAAGAAGAUGCCCGAUCCACAUCCCAGUUGGAGCUACAAAAGCCAAGCUGUUCCGGCUCCAGCUUCGGCGACCGGUUUGCGGCAGCAUGGGAAUCCCGGUCUGUAUUCAACAGGUAGCACUGCCUACUGGCCGCCACCGGAUGAGCAGAUGCAUCACCAGCAGCCGUCCAGGUAUGCGUAUGGAAAGCCAGGAGGCCCCUUGGCGGGAUCGAGACCCAUUCCGGGACCCCUGCCAAACAGUCAGCGAUACUACAGCGAGGACAUCAAGUACUCCUCAGUACCUGCCGCCUCCAAGGUGGUGACCUACGCACCACCAGCCAGCUCCUCGCAGCCACAGCCACCGCCUCCCAGCUCCAGCUCGUCCGCCAACUCAUCAACCGUCCGCCACUACGAACUCGAACAUGUGGUUAAUCCUAUUAAUCCUAGCAACGAGCACCAGCAACCGAGCCCCAACUACGGAAGGAAGUGUCCGCCGCACUACGAAACUCCGCCGGAGCAGAGGAGUGCUGGGGCCACGCCAAAUUCGACGGGUACGCCCACAUCCACAUCGCACCACCAGAGCCUGUACAUCCCGAUGCCGACGUUUAGUACGGAAAAGUUCCAAACCACCGUGCAUAAUGCAAUCGAGAAGUACGUGAGGGAAACUCCUGGACCCAGUUUGGAAUAUCCCAGGGGAGGGUCAGCGGCUGGUGUGGGAGCUGGCAGUGGAGCAGCCUAUGGCCGCACUGGUUACUACAACCAGCAGCCGGUGAAGAACUCCAAACCGGCUCCGCCUGCUCCCCAAACCGCCACCUCUAGUUAUGUGAAGAUGGACCCAGAGCACGCUCUUACCGGCAGUUUGCCCCAACCCACGAGAUCCUCGCUCUAUCACAAUCCGUACAACGUGGAGAGCAGGGAAAGGGAUUCCUCGCCGGCUAUAGCCACUGUGCCAGCACCCCAUGGAUAUCCAACCAAGUAUGGAAAGCUGAUACAGCAGCAACAUGCCGGCGGAGUGGGAGCGGCUAGCUCUACUCCCUAUACAAAUUAUUACCUUCAGGGAACUCCAUCGCCAGCGGCGGGAGCAGUGGCCUCUCCCACGCCAGCACCAGCACCGCCGCCUGCCGGAGCACCGGGAACGAUUGUGGGUCCUGGUACGGCACUGGGUCCCGGCAUCCCUCCGCACAUAAGCCAACCUGCUCCAGCGCCCGCCAACAGUCAGCAACCCGCCUCAUCCUCUAGCAAUGCCUCUAGUACCCUGCAGGUUUAUCCUCACGGACCGGAUAUUUGCUACCAACCAGGAAGUCAAUCCCAGGUGCAGAGCCAAAGCCAGAGUCAAUCCAAUCCCGCCAAGAAACCGCCAACUGUAACUAAACCCAACUACCGUGCUUUGAUCAACGAUAUGUUGAAAAGAAACACGGCAAGCGAACAGGAACUCAAUCUGCAGAUCAUCAAGAAAACUCUUAAUAUGGAUCCGCCAGCGAGGAACCAUCCCGCACCAAGUAGAGUGAUCCAACAGGGUGCUGCACACACUCCUCCAGUGGUUACGUCUGCUCCACAUCCGCCACCGCCGGCUAUCCAUUCACCAUUGGAUCUAUCAAUGCGAACGGUCAAGCAGACUGCGGAUUCCACGGAGUACAAGUACCAGAGACCCAGCACGGAUAACAAGCUGCCACAAGCAGGCUUGAGUGGUGGUUUGGGACUGCCCCGGUUCGACAUCACACCCAACUUUUCGGCGGCAACCAGAAGCGGAGCGCCCACGAGUCCGGCGCCUACAGCUGUGAUACGACAGGCACCGGCUCUACCGGCAGCAGCCCCUCUUCCACCCACGGUUUCAGUUCCUCCGGUAGCGGCAGCACCGGCCCUGGUGAUCAAAACCCUUCAGCAGAUGCGUCCUAGUGUGGUGGAAACCAAUCCAUUUGCCAAGCGUCAGCAGCAGCUGCCGCCGGAAACGAGUAUUGUCCAGGUGAACAAGCCCCCGGUGGAGCUGAUGCCCACCCCUUCGCCGAGUCCCCACAACAGCAGCAACCCCAACUACCUGGGUAGGAAGAGACAUCUGCAGGAGUAUAACCAAGCCGCGGCCAAACAGGCAAGGCUGGAUGCGGAGUCAUCAGGAUCUCUAGUCGCGGCAGCGCCGGUAAUUGCUGCUCCCACAUCUGUGGUUGUUGUAGCUCCAGUUCCAGUGAUUGCUGUCAAUGAGCAGGCGUUGGCCGCCAAGCGGGAAAGGGAAAUGCAACCCGUGGGCGUGCCAGAAUCAUCCACUUCCGCCAAUCCAAUGCCCAAGGUGGAACCUAGGAUUCGCACCAAGGCCGAGCUCAAGGGUUUUACAUUCACGCCACCUGUGCUGGUCACCUCCACCACCAAUGCUUCCAGUACAAUCUCACCACCCAGGACGCCACCUAAUCAGGUCACAAAUCACAUCCAAAUUAAGUUGGAGCCCGCGCCACCUAAGGCGGCCGAUUUGGGUCUAGAGGACGAACUCAGUUUGGGUAACCUGAUGGACUGGGGCAGUACGUGCAAUAAUCUCGUCGAGCAAUUGCUCACCAAGGUAGUGGUGCCCCCUGCGCUACCAGUCAGCACCGGUAUCAAGCUGGAACUCAGUGAAGAUGACCUGCCAGUGGCGCGCAUUCUCAAGAGGCAACCUCUGCCACCAGUGGCCCCUGCUGGAGGAGAUGCCGAAUCGGCCACCACGCAGUUAACCACAACUACUAACGGAAUCUCUUCGUCUUUGGGCAAUGGCAGUGGCCAAAAGAAGCUCAGCAAAGUGGAGAGGGAGAAGAAGCGUCUGCAGCAGGAGAAAAGGAUUGCCGCUCGCUUGGCUCCCAAGCAGGGGCAAAGUAGUUCUUCGGAGAGCGACACCACGGAGCUUCACAAGCGUAACUCCGCACGGCAGAAGAAACCUCUGUUGCGGAAGGGGAGAGCACGACAAAGAUCUCCGGAAGGAGCCAGCAUCCAGCAGAGCAGCGACGAAGAGCAGGAGAAAGUCAAGCAGAGGCUUAGCCGCAGUCAAACCUCCAGCGAGGAAAGUAAAAGGAAAGCCACAUCCACAAAAAAGGAGGUAAAAAAGGAGGUGAAGACCCCCAAUAACAAGGCCAGCAAUAAUACCUCUAUAAGCAAAAGCGCCAAGAAACAACUCGAAGCUUCCACCCAAAAAAAAUCCAAAAGUGAGGAGAAUCCUAAGCAGGAAAGUCAGGAGAGCAGCUCCUCGGAAAGCCCCGAGGAAGAUGAGGAUGAAGACGAGGACGAUCAGGAGGAGGAGGAGGAGGAGGAUGAAGAGCCUGAGGAGGACGACGAAGGGGAACAGAACAAGAAGAAGGAGAAGCGAGUGGGCAGGCGACCAGGGACCACCCUCAAAAAACGCAUUGCCCACAAGCUGAACACCAUGACCCGCUCCAAACACCGCAAGGAACUCGAGCUCCAGUUGGCCAACAGCAAGGUUCUUCGCAAUGACAAGAUCAUAAGGAACUCCACCACCAAAAUCAAGAGGAAAUAUGUUCGCAAGGUGGUGGACAGCAAAAAGGAGAUGAUGGUCACGCGUUUGAGAAACAAGCGUGGUCUCAACUCGGAUUUGGGACCACUGAAUGGGAGGAACGCCAAGCUGAAGGGCACCAAGGUGGGCAGCAGUCCCGGAAAGCCAGCGAAGACAUCGCCUCAGCAGCAAAUGUACCUCGAAGAGUAUCGCUACAAGUUGGCUUUAAAAAUUCCGCACCGCCUGAUCUCGAUUAAUAAACUCAACAAAGUGGCUGCCUCGCUGCCGGACUUGGAACGCCGUGAUCUCGGCCAGGAGCUGUCCUGUUUUAAGAGGAAUAGACCCAAGACCAAGGCAGCCAGUAAGCAGGAUUCCACACCGAAAUCCAUAAUUGAUGUGCUCCAUUUGAGAGUGACAAAUGGCAGUACGGCUGGUACUCAAAGAAAGAUCUCAGUCUCGGCUCCCGCCUCCACCAACCUUCAGAUCCACAGUGAAACCUCGCAGACUUCGGCCUCCACUUCGCUGUACGAGCAACCCCAGCAGGAAGCCACGGACAACCAGUCGCUGGAUGAUCUCAGCAAGCGGCACUUUAGCAUCUUCGAUACCAAAGUGCUGCAGAGCAAAACCCGCACGGAAAGCAAGCUGCAGAAGCACCGGGAAAUCAUCCGUGAGAUUUUCGUCGGUCCCGAACGACCGGCCUCGGCUCCGCCAGAAUGCGCCCAGGAGGCGGAUGCAGGCGAUGCUAUUAGCUACCAGAAAUACGAGGAGUUUCUGCAGCAAAUGAACACCAUUGCCAGUGCCAAUGACAACAAGUUGGCCAGGAGAUCUCUGAUGGAGGACAAGUCUGCAUUGGCUCCCCAGUGUCCGCACAAGCGGAAGUAUCGCUGCAGAAAGGGCAGCUCGGGUUUCGAUUACAUACGCAAGAAGAAGCGACCAACUGUGACCCAGAAUCCCAGUCAGAAUCACAGCCAAAACCACACCCAGAGCCAAUCUUCCAGCCAGUUGACCCAACACCUUUUGGAACACAAUCAGAGUGCGGCGGAUGAGCGAUUGGAUGACACGGAUAGCACCAUUGCAGGCAGUUCCCACCUGCCUCCGAAGGUCAAGACCGCGAAUGAUGUCUGUCGGGAGAUCCAGAAGUGGGUGCUCAACAAGGGAGUGGGUCAGAGCACCAUGCACAAGGCUGCCCGCCAGGGUUUGAUCGAUGUGGUGGUCUACUGCCUGGAUCAUCUGAACAUGAAUCCGGAUCAGAAGGACAAUGCCGGCUACACUCCCCUGCACGAGGCGUGCACCCAGGGAUGGCUGGAGAUCGCCAGGAUCCUGCUGCAGUUUGGAGCCAAUCACUCGGAGGCGGCUCAGUCUGGAAUUAGGCCGCUGCACGGAGCCAUCGAGAACGACCACGAGGAGGUGGUGCGACUGCUGCUCUCCUAUGGCGCCGAUCCGUUGCUGGCAACGUACUCAGGUCAAACCCCGCUAAUGUUAGCUUCAAGCAAGUUGAUGCGUGGCAUUCUGCGCGCUCAUCUCAGCGAUGCACAAAGUGCCGCCGCUGACAUAAAGCCGAUGCGGUUCCAUGGGCCUUGGGAGAUAUUUGAUGCUAAGGAGUAUGGUUAUGAUAUAUUCGAUAAUGUACCGAAUACAGCUUGUGAUAUGAGCAGAGCUCUACGUAGAGAAAGGAAGGAGGCCAAGCAGCAGAGGAUUAGCCACAGCACCAGGAACUCGAGUGCCAACGGCAACGACCUGUUACCCGCCAAAAAGGAGGAGCAGGAGCCGGAGGAUCUGGACCAGGAGCGGGUGAAAACGAUCAAGCAGAACGGGGAGACGAGUGCAACAAAGACUGGAUCAGCGACUGCGACAGCGACAACAACGAUGGUUAAACUGGAACCAGGAACCGACGAGGAUAGCAAUAACAAUAAGAACAACGACGAGCUAAAUGCUAAUGUUGAAAAUAAUUUAGUAACAAGCGUUGUGAAUGUCAAGAAUGAAGUGAAGAAGGAAGUGGAUGCCGAGACAGAAGGGGAAACCGACGCGGGUAGGAUUAGUAGGAGUAGGCUAGGCGACGAUCAGACGGACAUCGAGACAAUGGAUAGUGAAUUGAAUGGUGAUAUUUUUGAAUUUGAAGAGGCCGAUGUGCCCUUGCCACCACUGUACUUGCUCAAAGACGAGGGCAGUGAUAAAUGGGUACUACUCAACGACUUGUGCAAUUUACUUAAAGUUAAAUCCAAGGAUACGUUGCUCAACAAGCUCUGUCCGAGCAAUAGCAAUGCGUUGGCCAGCAGUCAGAAGCACCUGCUCCGGGAGUUCAAGAUCGACGAUUUCCUGGAGAAGGCCACCUGCCUGCAGCUGCUGUGCGCCGGCGAAAAGUUGAACAUGUUCAGCUCCUCGAAGGUUGUGCUCAUCAAAUACAACGACAGUGUGCGGAACUUGUUGGGCGUGAAGACCAUUUUAAUGAAAUUUUAACCGAGAUAUACUUAGCGGUAGGGCGAGGCAUGAUCCAGAAUAACAGACAACUUAGAAAAUGAUGAACAGAUGAACCUAGUACUAACUGAACCUAGAGUGUUAAGUGCAAACAAAUAUGGAAACACUAUUAGUACGAAUAUAAUUAUAGAUUUAUAUACUAUACAUAUGUAUAUUUUAGCUAGUAGCUAGUUUUUACUCACACGUCUUUGUCUUUGGAAGAUAAAGUCUUUUUUAAAGGAAAUUAAAUUAGAGCUAAUGCAAAGUGAUACAAAGGUGCUAUACACACUCAAAACGAAGAAUACGGAAAUGAAUGGAAAUUUUAGAGAGAGAAUAUUGAGAAAAUCUGGAACCUUUAGAGAUUGGCUGCAACUAUGCAAUUCAAAAGUAGAACAAACGAAGGCAAGGAAGUGAACAGUAGGGAAACGAAAGGAAAAUGUAUGCCAGCCAAGCAGCUAAUAAAUCGAUAUAUACUACAUAUAUAUCUAGGGAUAAAGUGUAAUCUAUGGUUUUUAAAAAAGCAAAACAAAUUAGCUAAAGUAUAAAGUAACUAAUAAUUAUUGUAACAAUAUGAAAACAGCAACAAAGGCGUAUUUAUGUAUUAUGUAUUUUUAAAUGAAAUUAUUAACAUAAUAUAUGAAAUAUAUGUAUACACAAUAUGAUCCAACUAUAAUGUAAAUCAAUUUUCAGAUAGGUUUGUAAUUUUCUAUGUAAUGUACGUGUGUAAGUUUUGUGAAACUAUAAAAGAAAACGACAAAAAACAAAUGAAAUUUAACAAAAAACUGAUAACAAGAAACAAAAUAAAUGCAAUGUGAAAUUUUGGCAA